AUGCCAAACAUAAAGCUGCAUAGUUCCGAUGGAGAGAUCUUUGUUGUUGAUGUUGAAAUCGUCAAACAGUCAGUCACAAUCAGAACAAUGUUGGAAGACUUGGGCAUGGAUGAAGACGAAGAUGAGCCAGUACCAUUGUCAAAUGUCAACUCUGCCAUUCUGAAGAAAGUUAUCCAGUGGUGUACAUUCCACAAAGACGAUCCACCUCCACCUGAAGAUGAUGAGAACAAAGAGAAAAGAACGGAUGAUAUUUCAUCCUGGGAUGCAGAGUUUCUGAAGGUUGACCAGGGAACGCUGUUUGAGUUAAUUCUGGCUGCCAACUACCUGGACAUAAAAGGGUUGUUGGAUGUCACUUGUAAGACAGUAGCCAACAUGAUCAAAGGCAAGUCUCCAGAGGAGAUCAGAAAGACCUUCAAUAUCAAGAAUGAUUUCACGCCAGCAGAGGAAGAGCAGGUGCGGAAGGAGAAUGAAUGGUGCGAAGAGAAAUAG